AUGUUAGGAACAGAAUAUUGGUCUUAUUAAUAUUAUACUUAUUAGGAUAUAAUAUUAUUAAAGAAGAUUUUAAAAGUUGAUUAAGUAGGAUUUGUAAAGAUUUAUGAAGAUGAAAAAAUAAUUGAAUAUUAGAUUGAUAGAUCUUAACAUCUUAGAUUAAGCGAUUUAAUUUAAAUGAUUGUAUUUUUAUAAUAUUAAGUUGUAAUAGAAAGCAAAUUAUGCAAAAAUUAAACUGGGAUAACUUAUCUAAUUAUUCCUUAAUCUAAUAAAUUAAGUCUUAUAAUUACAAAUCUCAUACUAAAUUGAACAUUAAUAUUUAGAUGUUAAUAGAAUUUGGUUAAUUUUUAAUGAUCCAAAUUAAAUAAUAAAUGUUUUCCCUAAUAAAAUCAAGUAUUCUAUUGGAUUUACAGGAUAUUAAUGUUAAUUAUAUGAAGAUAGUUUACAUUAAAUCAAACCAGCAUAAAAAGAAAUCUUAUAAAUUAUUAAAGACAUUUUGAUUGACUUUAAAAGUAGUCAUAUAUUUUUUAAUGAUUCAAAAAAAAAUUAGAUUCUAAAAUUAAUUUAUGAUCCAAUCAUUUAAGAAUGUGAUAAAUUCAAUAUUUAUAAUACUUAAAAUGUUAUUAUAGAAAUUUUAUGUAAAUAAGACUUUGAUAAUGAAUAACAGAGUAUUAGUUUAGAUGACAUAUAAUAAAUUAAUAAUUGUAUGAAGUAACGGAAAAUUACAAAAAAAUAUUGUGAAAAUUGUAUUAAAUAUUUCAUAGAUAUGUUUAAAGAACAAUAAUCAUAUUUUAUAGAAAAAAUUUUAAUGUAAAACAUGAAAAAUUUAGUUGCUAUUCUUGAUGAUCAAUAAUAACCAUAAGAUUAAAACGAUAUAUUAUAACAUUAAAUAUUAAAUAUGAGUGCUGAAAAACUUGAAAAGUUGUAAUAACAUUUUGAAUCAUAAUAGAGCAAAUUAAAGAACAAUUUAAAGCAAUCUAUUAACUAAUUAUUAGAAGAUAUUUUAGAAAACCAAAUGAAAAAUUUUAAAUUGUAAAUUUCAGAGGAAGAAAAAUAAAAAUUGCUGAAUAACUUAUUAGAUAGAAUUGUCAAUAUGAAAUUUAAUAAGUACUUUUACAAUUCUAUAUAUUUUUCUAAAAAAUAAAAUUAAUAAGAUUUCCAAUAAUAUUAAGAAAGUUUAAUUACUAAAUUUUCAACAGAAAUAGUAACUAAAGAAGUUGAAAUGUUGAUUUAAUACAAAAUUUUAUUACUAAUUGAUGAACUAAUUUGA